AUGUGCGCUAUAAAACGAGAUGAUGAAGAACAAAAAGAUCUUAUUUAUAAUAAUCUUGGAAUAUUGUAUUAUGAAAUGAAUAAGUCCCAUCUAGCUUUUUUAUAUUUUGAAAAGACGAAAAGAUCAAGACCAUCUUCUCCAUUGUCCGAUGAUCGUACAAAUAUCAGUAAUAUUUGCCUAAGACGAAAAACAUCUCGCGAGCAAUUGAAAGGUAUUAACCAACAAAUUGCACUUUCUUAUUAUAAAAAUAUUCAUAGAAUUAUUCUAAAAGGUUUACCACCCCGUCGCUCAUCAUUUAUCAAAUUGUAUAAUAAUCGUGGACUUGUACAUCAUAAAUGUGGAAACUAUGAUGAGGCACUAAACGUUUAUGAAGUAGCACUUGAACAUGCUUCCAGAGAUGAUUCAUUAGAAACUAAACAGGAUUGUCCAGCAAUCUAUAGUAAUAUCGGAGAUUGGCACUAUAGCAAAUGUGAUUAUGAAAAAGCAGUGAUUAAUUACGAGAAAGCUACUACUAUAGCAAAGAAAAUAUUUUCAGAAAAUCAUGUAUAG